CCAGCCAGAUCCCUCCGCUUCUUGCCUCCUGAAAGCGAUGCCCUUACACCCUUGUCCCGUCCGUCCCUGCAUUUGUUUUGCUCGGUACGCAGCGGCUCCCCCUUGCUGGCGGCUUCCUGUGUGGCAGGUGAGGUGUGGUUAAAAGCCAAACUCUCGCUUCCGCCCAGGUGUGAGCAAGCGAAGAUCCGAGAGAGCUGUCGGUGGCAGAUCUCUCCUCCCCACGCCACUGGCCAGAUUAUUUUGACGAGUGCAGCACAGAUAAACCAACAUGCCUGAAAAUCCUGUUGCAGACAAGCAGCAGGUGCUGUGGAUUCUGGAGCGUCUACUAACAAAACUUCAUGAGAAAGGAGACACUUCACAGAUUGAUAAUCUGGCUUUUCUGUAUAAUACACUCAAGAAUCCCUUAUUCAAUCACAUGCUGAUUCUUCAACAGUCAAUCAAGCAGCUGAAGGAACAACUCAUGUACAUACCUUCAGAUCAUUCAGUGGAUUUUGAUUUUACAAGGAGAGGUUUGCUGGUGUUCGAUGCUGAUUCCCAUUCUCUUCCUAAUGGGAAUCCCUACAUGACUUGCAGUAAUAAUAGUCUGAAGGCUUCUCUCAAUCCCAAGCUUGAAAUGGAUGAAUUUAAUUUGGUUAUCCAAAGGAUGGCAAAGGGCAGGCAAAUAGAAUAUAUAGAUAUAGAGAAGCCAUUUAAUGGAGGCCUUGGAUUUAGUGUGGUUGCUCUUAAAAAUCAAAGUAUUGGAGAAGCUGGAAUCUUCGUUAAGGAAAUUCAGCCAGGAAGUAUAGCAGCAAGGGAUCAAAGAUUAAAGGAAAAUGAUCAGAUAUUGGCCAUUAAUCAUACUGUGCUGGAUCAGAACAUUUCCCAUCAACAGGCAAUUAUAUUGCUCCAACAGUCUGCAGGUUCCUUACAUUUGAUUGUUGCCAGGGGGGUAACUCAUAGAAGCAGUGUGAGCUCAACUGUUUUGAGUGAUGUUACUUUACCUGAAAUGAUCAGUUGGGGCCACAUUGAAGAAGUUGAGCUUAUUAAUGAUGGCUCAGGAUUAGGUUUUGGAAUUGUAGGAGGAAAACCAAUUGGUGUAGUGGUAAGGACUAUUGUUCCUGGAGGACUAGCAGAUAAGGAUGGCAGACUCAGAACUGGUGAUCAUAUCUUGGAAAUUGGUGGGAUUAAUGUACAAGGAAUGAGUAGUGAACAGGUUGCUCAAGUGUUGAGAAAUUGUGGAAAUUAUGUUAAAAUGGUGGUUGCCAGAGAUCCCUUGUGUGACAUAACGGUGACACCCCCAACUCCUGUGACUCAGCCAGUGGCCUUUUCUCAGGAAAGACGAUUUGACGCAGAAAAUGAAAUUCUUGAAGUUCAGCUGACUAAAAAAGAUGGACAGAGCCUUGGUAUAACAAUUGUUGGCUAUUCAGGAGUUUCUGGUACAGUAGAAUCUUCUGGGAUUUUUGUUAAAAACAUAAUACCUGGCAGUGCUGCGGAACAAAGUGGUCAGAUAAAAGUUAAUGACAAAAUUAUUGCUGUUGAUGGUGUUAACAUUGAGAAUUACACAAAUCAAGAUGUUGUGGAAGCAUUGCGUAGGACAGGACUGACAGUUCAUCUAGCAUUGCUUCGAAAGAAAUCACUGCAUGCUGCUGCUUCUUCAGAACAAGGUCUAGACAAAGUGCAGCCACAUGUGCCAACUUUAACCUUGACUGGUGUUGUGGAGACUGAAACUGACCUAGAUAAUGAGAAUGAGGAGCCUCAAGGGCAUAAAGACAGCUCUGAAAAUAAAUGGAAGCAAAAAUUAGAAACAAUUGGGAAACCCCCGGAGCGACCAGAAAAUAUAUUGAAGUCUAAGUGGGAAAAAGUGUUGGGACCUGAUUUUGAAGUUAUGGUUGUCACUGUGGACAUUCCAGUUGCAGAUGAUGCAGAGCUACAGAAAUAUGCUAAGUUGGUCCCCAUACAUACAUUGAGGUUAGGAGUUGAACUGGAUACCUUUGAAGGACACCAUCACAUAUCUUCAAUUGCUACAGAUGGCCCAAUGGCUAAAUAUGGCUUACUGAAGUUGGAGGAUGAACUUUUAGAGGUAAAUGGUGUUCAGCUCUGUGGAAAAUCCCGCCGUGAAGCAGUUUCUUUUCUUAAGGAAGUGCCACCUCCAUUUACCUUGGUUUGUUGUCGGCGCCUGGUAGAUGAUGGCACAGAGUCUUUUGUGGAUGAGCCCACUGCCAUUAUUGCCAGCAUUCCAGAACCAAAGGUGACACCCAGAGGCUUAGAGGAAGAAGAGGAGGAAGAUGUGGAGCUAGCAGUAUGGUCUUCUGAAGUCAAAGUUGUUGAGCUUAUAAAAGACAUGAAAACAGGCUUAGGAUUCAGCAUUUUAGACUAUCAGGAUCCCUUAGAUUCAACGAAAGCAAUUUUUGUGGUCAGCUCGCUUGUGCCAAAUGGAGUGGCUGAACGUGGUGGUGAACUCUCCCCUGGAGACCGCCUGGUCUUUGUAAAUGACAAAUGUUUGCACAAUACAUCUUUAGAAGAAGCUGUCGAAGUGUUGAAAUCUGUUCCACCAGGGAAUGUUCACCUUGGAAUCUGCAAACCUUUAAUGAUUGAAAAUAAACAAAAUGUGGCCUCUUCUACUAUGGAUGCCAAGAAUAUUGCCAGAAAUUCAGCAUCUCAAGAACCAGUCUAUACUAUUGAGUCAUCAAUACUCCCUGAAUUAGCAAAGGACUUCAGAAAUGGAUCUUUUUCUAAAGAAGAACUUGUGGAUGAACCAAUCCUGGAUUUGGGGAGACAGUUUCAAUGUGCUAAGAAUGACAGAGAUGAUGAUAAGGAAUCAUGGGAAAUGCAUGAAUUUUUGAAGCCUGUAGUGGAGCAUGUUGGUGAAGAGCGGGAGAUGUUAGUGGAUGAAGAGUAUGAUGUAGAUCAAGAUUACUAUGGGUGUAUCCCAUUGGAUGAGAAAGAACCUGCUCCAUCUACCAAGAUGGAUUUUGAAGCUGCAAGGCAAUGGGAUGAAGAAAACACUACUAAUGACUUAAUGUGCCCUAGAGCCUCAGUGGAAUACAUCCAACAAAAGACUGUAUUGGAUGAUGGCAAGAUGCAAAAUAACCAGAAAGAUCUUCUGUGUGCAUAUGAUGAUCUCAAAAGAAAUAAAUCGAAGAUGGAAGAGUGUGAUCUUUCCAGUGCCCAAGAUUCUGUUCUGCUUAGACUAGGGCUGUCUAGUGAACUGCCUGAGAGAGAAGAAGGAGAAGGAGAAGAAACACCAGUUUUCAGCCACUGGGGAGCACCCCAAACUGUUGAAAUUUUUCGAGACCCUCAUAUGCCUCUUGGCAUCAGUAUUGUUGGUGGGCAUACAGUUAUAAAGCGCUUAAAGAACGGAGAAGAGCUUAAAGGUAUCUUUAUCAAGCAAGUUUUGGAAGACAGCCCAGCAGGAAGAACAAAAGCACUCAAAACUGGAGAUAAAAUACUUGAGGUAUGUGGAACAGACCUACAAAAUGCUACUCAUGAAGAAGCUGUAGAAGCUAUAAAAAGUGCAGGCAACCCCAUUGUUUUUGUGAUCCAAAGCUUAUCCAUUCUUCCAAGGAUAGUUUCCAUAGGAAACCACAAGAAAGAUAAAGACCAUGAAGAUCAAGACACAGAAGAAGAAGAAGCUGAAAUGAAGCAAAAUGGAGCUCCACCACCUAUGAAAUUGCCACCACCUUACACAGUACUAAAAAAGGCAAACUCUGAAGAGGAAGAAGAGGAGGAGGAUGACAUGCAUACUGAGGAGAAAAUCAGACAGAGAUAUGCAGAUCUGCCUGGCGAGUUGCACAUUAUUGAACUUGAAAAAGAUAAGAAUGGACUUGGACUCAGCCUUGCUGGCAACAAGGAUCGGUCUCGUAUGAGCAUCUUUGUUGUAGGCAUAAGUCCAGAUGGCCCUGCUGGAAAAGAUGGAAGAAUGCACACUGGAGAUGAACUUUUGGAGAUAAACAACCAGAUCUUGUAUGGGAGAAGUCACCAGAAUGCUUCUGCGAUAAUCAAAAGUGCACCAUCAAAGGUCAAACUGGUAUUUAUACGCAACGAUGAUGCAGUUAACCAGAUGGCUGUGGCUCCUUUCCCAUUACCCUCUAGCUCCCAGUCUUCCACUGAAGAUGUCAGUAACAAGGUUGACAAACAAGUGGAAAACCAGCAAGCUAUGGCAGAGCAACCUGCAGAAAAUGUCCAUAACCAAUUAAAGCAAUCAAAGUCUUCAACAGUAAUCCCCAUCAGUUUACAUGAGAUAUCUUUGCCACCUGCAUUCUCCUAUUCUUCAGAGACAGAAUUCACCAGCAGAAGCAGCUUUCCACCUCCUUUGACUGAUCCAGCAACAUGCCCGAUAGUUCCUGGACAAGAAAUGGUUAUAGAAAUAUCCAAAGGCCGAUCAGGGCUUGGGCUCAGUAUUGUAGGAGGGAAAGACACACCACUCGAUGCUAUUGUAAUACAUGAAGUAUAUGAAGAAGGGGCAGCUGCUAGAGAUGAUCGACUUUGGGCUGGUGAUCAAAUUCUGGAGGUUAAUGGCAUAGACUUGAGGAAUGCUAGUCAUGAAGAUGCUAUCACAGCCUUGAGGCAGACACCUCAGCAAGUGCAAUUGGUUGUAUAUAGAGAUGAAGCCCACUAUAAAGAUGAAGAAAAUUUGGAAAUUUUCCAUGUAGACCUACAAAGGAAAAUGGGCAGAGGGCUAGGACUAAGUAUUGUUGGAAAACGAAAUGGAAGUGGAGUAUUUAUCUCCGACAUUGUCAGAGGAGGAGCCACUGACCUUGAUGGGAGACUAAUCCAAGGGGAUCAGAUUUUGUCCGUCAAUGGAGAGGAUGUUAGGCAUGCAUCCCAGGAAGUGGUUGCCACCAUUCUUAAGUGUGCUCAAGGGCUUGUGCACCUAGAGAUUGGACGACUAAAGGCUGGCUCUUGGCUGUCAUCACGGAAGACAUCUCAAAACAGUCAGAUUAGCCAACACAGCGUUCAUAGCCACUUCCACCCUACAUUUGCUCCAGUUCUCUCUACUUUACAGAAUUUUGUCAGCACUAAGAGAUCAUCUUCUGAUUCCUCUCACAGGAACUCAGACAUGAGCCCAAGGACUGUAGAGAUAACAAGGGGUCCAAAUGAUGCUCUUGGUAUCAGUAUAGCUGGUGGCAAAGGAAGCCCUUUGGGAGAUAUUCCAAUCUUCAUUGCCAUGAUUCAAGCCAGUGGAGUAGCAGCACGCACACAAAAACUCAAAGUUGGUGAUCGGAUUGUUAGCAUUAAUGGGGAGCCUUUGGAUGGGCUGUCCCAUGCUGAUGCAGUCAAUCUACUGAAGAAUGCUUUUGGGAGCAUUGUCCUGCAGGUCAUAGCUGACACCAACAUCAGUGCCAUAGCAAGCCAGCUAGAGAGUAUGACUGCCAGCUCCAGUUUUAGUCCACCUUCAGAGCACCAUGCUGAAGACCCAGAAACACCUCAACCUAAGGUUAUUGUGUUGGAGAAAGGCUCAGAUGGAUUGGGAUUUAGCAUUGUGGGAGGCUACGGAAGUCCUCAUGGAGACCUCCCUAUUUAUGUCAAGACUAUUUUUGCAAAGGGAGCAGCUGCAGAUGAUGGCAGACUGAAGCGUGGUGAUCAGAUUUUGGCUGUUAAUGGAGAAACUCUGGAGGGCGUGACACAUGAGCAAGCUGUAGCUAUUCUGAAGCGCCAGAAAGGGACUGUAACACUGACAGUGUUGUCAUGAUCUUUGCUGCACAUGCAAUCUGGGCUGGAUGCAGUUAUUUCUGAGUGUCGCUACAGCUGCUAUAAAACAGUAUGCAGUCCUGUGUGGGAGGAAAACCCAAUUCCAGCUACAGUUAGUACAUGUUAAUCAUGUUGCCUGUGCAGCUAUACUCAUUCUAGAGGUUCAUUUUGUCUAGCCAUUGAAACAAAUUAUGAAAUCAUUAAACCUCAACCCCUGGUUUCCUUGAAUGUAUUUCCUAUUUCCUGCUUUCCCCAUAGUAGGAAAUAUAAUAACUGAAAUCAGAAUUAGCAUAGACACAAGAAAGGAAUGUAGUUUAUUGUUGAAUUCCAUCUGAUGAAGAGAAAGUAAAUGCUGAUUGACUUUUCAUCUCAUUCACAGUUUGCUUAUAUUAAUUCUCUUUUCAGCUGUGCCAGAAAACAUUUAAACAUAAUUCAAUUACUGAGGCUCCAAAUGAUGAAAUAUCAAAUCCUCCUAUGGGAAAUUAAUUGUAUAUGGAGUUCUAAUGAUGAUAUGCCAGCCUCUCUGUCUAAUUGCUCUGGGUAGAUAUAUGUAUGUUGUAGUAUGAUGACUCAAUUUUCACCCUUGCUUCAGUUUGCACGUUGUUUGUGUUUAAACAGGUUUGGCUUCCAAGAAUUCUUCUGAUGAAUAGUCUAGAACCUUUUGGAGAUUUGUGUUAAAUGGUUUGCACAGUGUAAAGCUUAACUGCAUGGAGGUGGAAGAAAGCGCCUUCAUUUAAAAUAGGGCUAUUCCUUAGUAUUUUUCAUUAGAAUACUACAAUGAAAACCCAUGACCAAUUCUGUGGUACGCGGUCUCCUCGGUCAACAAAGCAGACAAAGCAAAGUAUGUCUGAAGCCUGCAGCUUUAGAAAACAUCUCUUCAGUAUGAUUCAGUUAGAAUGCAAUAGCAUUCGCCUUGAACAAAUAUAAUGAAAUAUAUGUGCUAAAUUGAUCUAAGAUUAGGAAGCUGUAGUCAAAGAAAAGUGAUUUGUCUUAUUAGGAUAAUGUCUUUGUUUUCCGUGCUAUGUUUGGAUCUAGCUAAUCACAAAGUGCAUUAAGUUAUUGGAAUAUAUUGUAGGUAUUCCAUGAAUAGUGCCUGAAAGUGGAUUUAAAAGAUUUUAAAGGAUUUCUACCCAGUCUUUGGUGUGCAGAUUAAUGUUAUUGAUAUUUGUAAGAAAUGCAGAAAAAAACAAAAAAAACAAAAACAGGCUCAUGAAGAAAACUAAAUAACACUUUAAUGACUGGAGGCGUUCUAUUUCUCUCAAUGUGUGGCAUUCUGCUGCACACCCCUAUCAAACUUGAACAUACAAGCUUAUUUUGAACUAUUCCAAAUAUUUCAAGCAAAAGCUAAUGAUCAUUCUGUUUCAUCUUGACCAAAAAUGCCUGAUUUAAACUGUUGUAACCAUUCUUUUAAAUUGGAUGGGAGCAGCUGUCCUUAUAUGCACAUUAUUCUGAUACAAGGAAUGUAGAGCUUAUGUACUGGGAUACUUUGCUCUUUUUAUAGCUCAAAUGAGAGAUCACAUGGUUGCUGUUCCUAAUUUGCACUCUGUGUAACACACUGCAGUGCUGCCAAAGCUACACUGCAAGCUACAGGUUAACUGGUGGUGAUGUGGUGAAAGAAGAGAUGUAUAUGUAAAAGAUCAAAAGUGCACAAUCUGACAGGAAGGCCUCCUGCACUGAGAGAGACUGAGAUGAAUGGGGGUUCCAUAGGGCAUAAUGGGGCUUCAAAGGAACACUGUCCAGUGGAUUGUGCUCCCUUCCUUCAAUAAAGUUCAUAUUAUGCUUUUGGGCUGGAGGUGGCUAUCAGCUUUUUGUAUGUUUAAUAAUUCUGCGGAUUUCUGUAAAAGGAAAAAAGGCAGUGAAACAUAUUGUAUGUUUGUUUAUGUAUGAUCAUAAAAUAAGAUGUUUCAGUAUUCAAAAUAAAAUUGCAUAAGAUGCAUAGUUACAGUGAGAUAAGUAUUGCACAUAACUAUGGUGGUAUACUGGAGAAGGAUGAAUAUUGCAGCUAGGCACAGAAACUGAGCUGCUAUAGAAGUCUUUGAGAGUGUAACAGUCCAGAAGUUCAACAACUUUAUUGUAUCGUUCCAACCAGCACAGAUCAGCAACAGGAAACUCCUGAGUCCACUACAUAUAACUAUGUUCUGUACCAGGUAGUGACGAAACCAUAUCAUGAUGUUAUCCAUACAUUCACGUUGUAUUAGCACAGAACGCAUAUUUCCAGAUAACUACAUCGCUGUUAACAUCUGUUCUUAAAGGCAUCAUAAGCCCCAGGAACAAAAACUUUAAAACAAAAAUGUGGUGAGAGAAUGGAAUUUUCUUUUAGUGUUGGGAACCCAGGUGAUACAAAUGGAAGGAACAAGAUGUUAAUGCUUGUUUUAUAUUAUAAUACUAGAAAGGUGUACGGUGCUAUGAAGAUUAAAGAAAUAAUGAAAGGUUUAAGUGGAUUUAACAUUAUGUUUCCCUUAGUCUGGCAAAGAGUGCAUGUGUCCUUGCAUGCCUCUGUAGGAAUGUGAUGCCUGAAAACAGCUCAUGGCAUGAAAUACCAUGUUGGCCAUGGUUGCAGGUCCUGUUACUCGGGUCUUCCCAUGUAUGUGCCAAGGCCAGCUGGUCAUUACAUAAGGAGAUGGGGCAAAUGCAGCUUGUAGGAGAAGCAGGUGGGCAUGCUCUUGUUCCCUACAACAGAUUAAGGGAGAAGUCUUACCUAGUCUGUCCUUCUGGAUGGAUUAGUGGAAGGAGCCACAAAUAUCAAGUGCUUCAGGAUUAAGCAGUACUUUUACUAUAUACUUGUGGAACUCAAUGGAAGAGACAAAUCUGAAGGUCUUGGUGGUUCAUGCAGUCCAUGGCUAUGAGCUGCCAGAAGUGAUGCAACUGGUAAGGGCAAACAUGUGGGAAACUGAGCAGGGGAAUGGGAUAUAAUAAGAAAUAACAUUCCAAGAUGAUAGGUGUAGGGUUUGCUAUGGAAAUAAUGAUGUCAAACACUUCUGAAUGUGCCUGUAUUCCUGUCACACUGCACUUUCAUAGAUUAACAUAAUAAAAUGCAAGGUGGGAAAACCAGUUUGAAAACUAGAUUUAAAGGAGAUGUAGGGGAGUAGAUAAUGGCCAGUGCACAGCCACUGGGUGGGGAGGAAGCAGCUCAAGACAGGGACAGUGCCCACUUGCUUUGUGUGCAGUGAAAACCGCGUGCAUUUUAAAACAAGUUUUACAUCAUUCAUGCUUUUUCUAAAUUGUGCAUAGUAUUUUAAAUACAGACACAUGCUUGUGAUGUGAUUGAUUUUACUAGUGCUGCCUUCUGGCAACUUACAAAUUGCUGCUUAGACAUUAACCAGGAAUGAUAAUAAGACCAUUUAGUCAAAUUUCACGUCAACCAUAAUGCCAGUAAAUUCUUUCUACUUAAUCAAACCAUGAUUACUUCCAAGCAGGUGAGACAUAUAGAGUCAAUGGAAGUAAUAUGUGGUGUAUAUAUCCAAUGAGGGAGGAUUGGAGCUAUUUGUUUAAUUCCAUACAUGUGUAAAAUCUUUUUCUUCUUUUUUUAUGACAAUGCUGUUCAGAGAUAAUGCGAUUAUUUUGCCAUGCUGCUAUGUUUUCUUGGUUAUUAAUACUUGUUCCCAUUCUCAGCUUUUAAAAAAGUAUAUUAUUUGCUCACUUCUUUGGCCAGUUCUGUAAUAUCUGGAUCCUUAUAAGAUAAAGACAAAUUUGCAGUAUGGUUUGCUACCCUAGGGAGGAAAUUGUUAGACAUGAAGAUAAAUGGAAACACUCAAGAUUUGCUGUCAGAUACAUUUCCUUUAUCAUACUUGAUGUAUUAAAUAAAAAUA